GUUCUAGAAAUAGGGGAUUAGGGUUUCAUAUCUCCGGCGAUGGAGGCCGAGAGAGAGAGGCGCUUGAGCCGGCGGAUCUCCGGCAUUGUCGUCGCCGCGGCCAAGGCGGUGUCCAAGCUCACCGAGGGGCAGAAAGAUCCAGAGGAGGACCCGGAUUUCGUCGCGAGGAAUCCUCAGUGGGAGCCGGAAUUGCCGCCGAUCCAUGGCGUGCGGCGGCCGACGGAUGCGAAGGCGCAAUCUACUGCUGCGCUGCUUGCGGCACUUGACGAGCUCCCUCCCAUUGCGAUCGAUUCGGCCGCCAAGCAAAACUGGAAGAAGGCUUACAAGACAGUGAAGAGGAUUUUGAUUGUGAGAAGGAAGGCAAUGCGUAGUGCUCUUGGAACUGGAGCUCAGAUGGAAGGACAUGCGCUGGGGGUGUGGAGUCCUUAUAGCACGGCGCGUUUGAAGCUCUUUAUGAUGCUCUACAACCAGAAAGCGGAGUAUGUCGUUCUUUGCUUGAUCAUAUCACACCUCUUGGUGCUCAUCUUCCAAGGAUCAUCCCAAGAACAAUGGACUCACGUCCGGAAGUUCGACCUCGACUUUGCCGAUGCGACGCUUACUCUGUUCUACACCAUUGAGAUGAUUCUUCGGAUCCUCUGUCUUGGAUUUAUCAGAGGUCCCAACACCUACCUGCGGGAUCCAUACAAUAGGCUCGAUUUUGUCAUCGUGAUUGAUUCCUGGGUCCAUAUUGGUGUAAGAAGUGUGACUGGAAGCGAGUUCUUUGCACGCAUUGCAAUUCUUCGUGCAUUUCGAGCCCUGUUAGUUUUGAAGCAUUUCACGUUCUUCGCUGAUGUCAUAGCUAUCAUGUCUGCAGUUGGAAGGAGCAUUGUUCCUCUUGAGAACGUCAUUUACUUGACACUGUUCAUUAUCGUCUUCUAUGCGCUCCUUGGUAUUGAGUUUCUCGAGGAAACUUUAGAUCAACGGUGCAUUCGAACGACAGAUAACCAGUUGGCCUAUCCAGAGCGGUUUUGUGACGCGAAGAAAGUGACGGAUGGGUACAAGUGCCCGAGCUCACAAAGUCAGAAAUGUCUGGUGUCCGGUAAUCCCAACUGGGGAUCUACAAACUUUGAUCAGUUCCACUAUGCCCUGCUCACUAUGUUUCAGGUCAUAUCCUUGGAAGGUUGGAGUCUCUUGAUGUACAGCAUCAAGGAUGCCGAAGCUGCGCAAGCAGAUGCAUAUUUUAUGACUUUAGUCGUUUUUGGCACAUACUUGCUUAUUAAUGUUUUCAUUGCUGGUAUAAGUGGAGUGUUCCUUCGAGUGAGGGCUGAACAUCAGAUGCUGCUAAAGAAAAGCCGCCAACCGAACCAAGUUACUUUCUACAACGCAACGGUAAUGGCAAAUGUUCUCAAAGACGACAUUAUUAAGGACGAUGAGAGGAACAAGAGAUGGCACAUCCGUUUCAUAAACAGAUCAAAGAAAAUGCACCGGGACGUCAUUCGUGCUGUAAGUCGUACUCGGUCGUCCGUGAAGGCGGCCUUUCAGGCCACCUCGUUCAGGUUCAGUAGACAGUUCUCCAUGGCUGGGGGUAGCCGGCGGUUUUCACGAACUUACUCACGGGCGCUGAGUCGUAGUGUGACCAUGGGUAUGAGAGCAGCAAUGGACUUGUCGCAUAAGUCCCGUGCAAUUGUUGAAAAUCCAAACUUCAACCGGGGGGUGCUAUUGGCGGUCACUAUAAACAUCAUCAUCUUGUGCCUGUACAAAUAUGGGAUGUCGAACGAUUUACUCUAUACUCUUUAUGCUAUUCAAGCGGUGCUGCUUGUUAUAUUUGCCACAGAGAUGGUUUUGCGAUUUCUUGCGUAUGGACCUGGGCCAUUUAUUGCAGACAAAAUGAACGUGUUCGAUGUUUUCGUGAUCUCCGUGUCUGCUGGGGCUUUGGUUUCAAGAGCUUAUCCCAAUAUCUCUUCAGUUCGGGUUUUGCGAUGGUUUUACUUGUCGAAAAAGUAUGUGGAUAAACAUCCAAGUACAGUGGCCACAUGUAUAAAAAGUGUGGGCUCUCUUGUUAGUGUUUUUUUCUUCUACCUCCUUGUUAUUACAAUUUGCUCCAUUAUCAGCAUGGAACUGUACAGUGGUCAAUACUAUAACUUUCCGGACGGUUAUCCCAGGGGAAAUCAUGACUCCAUGCUGCAGACUAUGCUUUUAUGGUUUACCGUCACAACAGGUGAAUCCUGGGUCAACCAAAUGUGGAACUCUAUGAGACCCGGAGUGAAAUAUAAUUGGCUGGCGCCCUUUCUCUAUGUAUUAUACUACUGCAUGACAACUUAUGUUAUCUUAAAUCUUAUUAUUGCCGUCAUCCUGGAGAGGAGCGAACUUACUGACAACCAAAAAAAACAGAUACAACGAGUAGAACAUAUGAAACUACUGAGGCGGAUGCAUAGCAGGGCUUAUAUACGAAGCGGAAGCUGGGUUGUAGACGCUGUGGAAGGAGCCCAGGCCGGUUUCAAAAAGGUGGCAUCUCGGGUUUUAAGCAUGAAUGUGAGGGCAUUGAAAGAUGGUAGCAGACGGGAUGAACGAGAAAGAAGACGAACAAGGGAUGGAGGAUCUGAACGGGCCAGUAGUGGACAGUCGGAGCUUCCAGGGGCAGUUUCUGAGCAGCCACCAGGCAAUACAAGCGUCACAUUACAGCCCUCAACAUCUGCUGCUGCAGAACAAUCCCGCACCAGUUCUGAAGCAACAUCAGAGAAGUUGCAUCGCCGCUCUUCUCAAGUUAUUCAAACGUCCGGCUUUCCAACCGAUAUUGGCGAAAGGCGGGAGUCGAGAACUGCACUAGAGAGCGCAGUUCUCACGCUUGCAACAAUGACCAAGCCACCUGUCGUAAGGGCUCCAAGCAGAAUGGACAGGAGGCUGAGCCGGAAAAUGAGUAGAACCGCCAGCAAAAGGCAGUCGUUUCAGCUAGCUGAGUACGAGGAGCUUGAGAAGAGCAUUGCAACUUUAGAGAGGCCGUGGUACUUGCAAGAAGGGUCACUUCUUCUGUUUGGACAAGGAAACGCCGUCAGGAACUUGUGCCAGCUAGUUGUGGGAAGUGUUUGGUGGUGGUGGUUCUCAAUGUUUUGGGCUGUUAUCAGCGUGUGGACUGUGGUCGAGAUGAAGCCGAAUGGCGAUCCCCUCGUUCUCAAGUCCUUCCUGCCUGUACUGCACAACCUCGUGUUUGUGGUAUUCUUCGCGGAGCUUCUCAUGAGAGUUAUCUCUCAAGGCCUGAUCUUCACUCCCGACGCCUACAUGGGGGAGUUUUACAACCUGAUCGACGUUUUUAUACUUAUCAUCGACGCACUUAACAUGAAAACGACGUGGAGCGAGAAUUCAGCAAGGCCUAUUCACGCUCUGCUUGCGCUCCGGCCGUUUCGAUUCGUGUGUCGGCUCACCGGGUUGAAGAGUUUAUUCGGUAAUCUGGUUAGUACCUGUCCGGCGAUUGCGUCAGUUUUGCUAUUCACUUUCACCAUCUUUGCAAUCUUCGGCUCUAUCGCUAUUCAACUCUUUCGUGGCCACCUUUACUCUUGUAACGACACUAAUGUGAGUCACCGAGCCUACUGCACGGGCUAUUACAUCAACAAAGUCUCGCUUAUGGCUCCGCGUGCAUGGACCAAUCCUGCGUUCCACUUCGAUGACAUUGGCAACGCUCUUCUCACCCUGUUUAUCACGUCUAGCUUCGACAAUUGGGUUGGAAACUGGUUAUAUCCGGUCAUGGACAUUGCUCCCGAGAAUCAUCAGCCCCGCCGAAACCACAGCCCGGUUUACGCUCUUUUCAUGGUGGCCUUUGUCUGCGCUGGAGGUUUUUUUAUAAUGCGAGUUUUCGUGGGAGUGUUCAUCAACGAGUUUGGAGUUAGAUCCGGUUCCAAGCUUCUGACAGAACGGCAGAAGCUCUGGAGGGACAUGAACCGUAUAAUUCAGAAGAUGAGACAGAGACCAGUGCCGCGGCCGCAGAAAGAUCCCAUCAGGAAGUUUUGCUAUCAUUUGGUCCAUCAUAAGUACUAUCCCCACGGUAUGGUAAUCGUCAUUCUUAGUUACUGCGCAUUUCUGGCCUCUCAUGUUGCCAACCAGACCAAGGCAACCUCCAGAAGCCGGCAGAAACUUCAUUGUUUCUACACAACUCUCUUCUUGGUAGAGAUGUUGCUGAAGAUAAUUGGUAAUGAGUUUAGCGUUUACAAACAUGACCACGCUAGUCAUUUGGAAGCUGCGCUGUCCUUGACAGCUGCUGCGUGUUUGUUGCCUAAGAAAGGCUCGCCUCGUCAAACUAUAGGCCGCGUUGCAUACAGCUUGCGGCUUUUUUGCCUUAUUCCUCACAUUCCAAGGGCCCGGGUGCUGAUAAACACUAUAAUCGUCUGCUUCCCAAGCAUGGCAGAGAUCAUGGCUCUUCUCAUGAUCUGCCUCUUCGCGUUCUCGGGCAUUGGCUUUCAAAUGUUUAGUCAAGUGAAGGAUGGAGUUUGCAUUGGGCCUGCCAUCAACUUCAGGAGCUUUGUAAACUCGUUCAUCACCGUAUUUCAGGUGACAACUGCUGAUAACUGGUCUUGCAUUAUGGGCGAUGUUAUGGUGGCGCCGCCAUACUGCACGAAAGGUUCGUCGCUAAUGGCAAACGACUGCGGUUUUCCUGUAGCGGGCGUUGUCUACUUUGUGGCGCUCAUCGUCGUGGCAAACAACAUAUUCAUGAACUUGUUCGUGGCUAUUAUCUUGGACGUGAUCACUUUCGGGCUGGUGAACGAGAACUCGAUGAUCACUCCGAAUCAUCUCGAGGACUACAGGGUCCUAUGGUCCAAAGACGCAUUUGAUCCGAGGGGAACUGGAUUUAUUGGCAUUCACAAGCUCAGGAAUUUUGUGAAUUCUCUCGGGAUUCCUUUGGGACGUCGACACAAUGCCUCGUCAGAAUGGUACGCAAGGAUAGAGUACGAAGUCAUGAGCUUCCGAGUUCCAAACAAAGGAAUUCCUUUCAAGCAACUCCUUGAGACGCUAACACUCUACAAGAUUGGACCCACGGGCCUUCCACUCUCGCUACGAAUCGAGAGGGAGAAACACAUCCAGGGCAUUUACAGAGGUGGCGCGGUCAUCAAAAUCCAAGCCGCGUGGAGGGGACAUCUGGUGAGAAGAGUUAAGCUGAGAAAGAAAGAAGAAGAGACUGAAAAGGAGACUGAGAGGACGAGAGAAAAGGGGAGGCAGGAGGAGAUAGAAAAGGAGGAGAAACUCAAAAGUGAAUCAAUUUUGUUAGAAGAUCUAGAAACCUGACUAGUAAAAUGUAAAAUGCUAUUCUUUCUUUUGAAAA